UUGAUACAUCGACAUGGGUCAAAAUUAACAUUGUAAGCGAAAUUAAUGGUAAAACAUCUCGAUUUUGCGAUAUUUUCAAACCCGUAUCUUAGAUUUAGUAUAACCUCUAAAGUAGUAGUCUGUGUGCGUUUGUGUAACGUUUUGUGCGUAAACGUUAACAUGCUUUGAGCUCAAACGAUUAAGCGGUCUUCAGACUAGAGGUUUAACCCAUCUCCUGACGAUCUCAAAUUCCUAAAUAGCAACCAAUUUUAUUGCUUUUUCAGAUUUUAAUAGGUCAUUUGUUCUUAAUAAUUCAAUCUAAUGUCAAAUUUUUCCAAAAAAAUCUUGAUUGUCAAAAAAUUAGAGCAGUUAAACCAUAUGGCUGGUCUCAGGUCGGAAGCCCUUAUUAGAGAUAGAGACUUGGAACCAUCGAGGAAACCCCAAUAAGUCGACCUUAGGACCAUUAGCAUACCUCUUAUUUCCUCCGCCCCUCCCCUAACCAACCAAAAUAUGUUUUUUUGGAAUUGCUCGAAAACCCAUUGCUCAUUCCCGGGGAGCUAUGAAUCGGAGUUCCUCUCAGCUUGAAGGGCGACUGAGGAACCGAUUCGUAUGCACCUUCGGGAGUCCAUCGAGCGCUCUCCACUCCAUCUAGCGGCGAUAUAUUACUCUCUGAAGUUAGCCGCUAUAGCACCCCUCAGAGCCACCAUCCCAACUGAACAGUGAUUGGUACCGUUGGCUUAGAAGAGUCUUCGUCAGGAUAGGCUUUCUCCCUCCAACUCCUUUAGACUCAACACUCCUACUACAAUUUGAAGUUGUCGAACAAAGUUGAACUGUACUUGUUGAUCUCCUCUUCCAGUCAACUUACAUUAAAAGUAUAUUCCUAUACAUAUUAUCACAGAAGUAAAAUGAUGCUGUUUUGGUGAGUUUGAUUCAAUGGGCUAAACGAUUACAGAUAUCUUGUUUGAGUUUUCGGUGACUCCUAUUUUAAAUUCGACAUAAAACCAACAGGUGUCCGUUAAUAUAUAUAUUCAGCCCCGUAAACUUGAAAGCUACAAAAAAUGUUUUAAGUAAUUUAAAUAGUUUUAGAGAUGUAUAUGCUAAAAAUUUGUAAAUUUAUGCGACAGUCCUAUAAAAGCGAGACAAAUCCCUUAAUACUAAUUUUUCAAUUUAUUCAUCUCGUGUUGCCAGUUAAGUGAUCUUUUAUGGUAAAUUUAGCACUUUGUGAUCACUCUUUUACGAUCUCAGUUCAUUUUUAGUGUAUAUAGAGAGAAAUGGUUAUAAGAAAAUGAUGAUGAUGAUGGUGCGGUGUGACAUACAUUUUGAAAAUUUUCACUUUUGCAUAUCGUGAUCAUCAAUAUACUUGGGGGAUAUGUAUGUUUAAAGUAGUACAAGCACUUGAUGGGAUGAUCAAACAGAGAAGUGUGGAGGUAUAGUGAAGGGGGAGGGGGGAAAGGGACUUAUAUGAUGUGAAAUUGCUAUCAUAACCAUUUAUGCCAAUAAUUUCUCUUUCAUACUAAUCAAUAUCAUCAAUGAUGGUAAUUGUCAUGAUGAGUGAAUGCGGUGAUUUUUAAUUGACAUGGUUGAUUGAAGUGUUUCCUGUCUAUUGUGGGUAUUUAUAUAGUUUUUUUUCCUUAACACCAAGCAGUGAAGAAAUCUCUUCUGGGUGUUUUUAUAUAUGAAGAUGGUGAAGUAAAAGCCAUGAAUCUUGUUGGUAUGAUCACUAAUUUAAAAUGCCACAUUGAUUGGGAUUAGAUAAAGUGAUCAAUAUUUUAUGUAUGGAGUAUGUAUUUGUCUCAAUUUCUGAUCAAAUGGUAUAGAAGAAUAUUUUGCUUCAGUAACCGACUGCCAUACUUCUUACAUACCAUUCUUGUAUUUGAGAAUAGUCUUGUAGGGAGGGAGAGGGAGUUAUCGAAAGACGCGAUUGACGCGAUCAUGAAGCAUAAUGUCGUUUGGUGCUCCCGCAUAAAAUCCAUUCACUCAAUCGAUUCUUAUAUUGUGCGAUCUUGUAUAAGAAUGUUUUGAAUUAAAAUCAUUCUUAACACACUGUCAACAAUGUUCUGUAUGUGAUCUAUAUACAUGAUCUUAAGGUGAUCUUGUAGUGAUCGCGAAACUAUUUCUUGUUAGUGUAUAUGUGAGUUUGAGAAAAUCCCCGCGCAACAGAAGUUGGGAGCUCUAUAGUGUGUUUCUUAUGUUGAAAAAUAAUAUAAGAGAGUUGGAAAAAAAAGCUCCAACUUAUAUACAAAACUCGCGUGGUUAUAAUGUGUAAGAAAGAAUUGAGAGAAGAACUUUAAAAAAAAUAUAUAUAUAUUCAUCAACAUUUAGGUGAAGAAAGACGUGUUUUGUGGUUGUAUUGAGAGUUGAUGGUGGUUGGUUGUUUGUGUGUUUGGAAAAUCAGAAAAGAGAAGUUGCACGAUCACUGAUUCCAGCCGACCAGACCAGUUGCCCGCCGGCUUUCAUUCAGGUCGGAUCGUGCGCUCAUUGGAAGGCUCUUGUUGUGAAAGAAGAACUACUUGAAUCAAGAAGAUAGAUCUGUUAGUGACUCUAGGACAAGAUCCAAUCUUAAAGACUAAUGUGCGAGAGGAUCGUGCGUUAGAACAAAAUUGAAAGUUUAUCAAUUAAAGUGAUUGUGAUUAAAUUUUCUACAAUUCUUAUGCAACAGUCAGUAGCAGCAAGAAGAAGAAAAAAAGAGGCAGAAAUAUUCAAAAAGGAGAGUGUUGAAUUUAUAAUUGCGAUACAGUGUUGUUCACCUUGCACCACUACCUGUUGUCGCUGUUAACAAACAAUUUCGUUUCACAUGGAAAAAUCAUAAGAUACGCAUUGAUUCCAAGACCUCUCAUACGAUAGACAUUUUUAUAUUGAAAAAAAAGGUGUGUUACCUGUGCGGGAGAUUGGAGUAAAAAAAAAUAAAACAACAAUAUUGGAAUAUAAUGUGGUGUUGAUGAAAAAAACAUAAAGUGAAGUGUUUCAACUGAAAAUAGUUGGAUGGCAAUAACGAAAAAAAGAGCCAUUAAUAUCCAAUAUUUAAAAAAUAUACUGAUGGUGUAUGCAAUAAAUUCACAGAAUUCUUUUCAAGCUUGACCAAGUUUUCAUGUGAAUUUAAUGAGUUUGCACAUGUUGUAAUAUUAAAAUGCCAUCAACAUUUAAUUGUGACAAUCGUUAAAUUUGAGUGAACCAUACGACUGUUGUUUGUUUGUUUUUUUCGUUCGAAGUUGUGGUAAAUUGACUUGUCAGUGGUUUUAAUACAAAAUUGAUUUGGAAGUUUGACACAUAGAAGAGAAUCAACUACGAGAACUUGAGAAAAAUUGUGUUGAUCAUUGCAUGAAUGCAAACACUUUGAGAUUUAUAGAAAAAAGAAAUGAAUACAGGUGAUAUAAGCAGCGUGAAAGAAAUGGUUUAGUUUUUUCUUCUUCUUGUGUACUGCCUUCAUUUCUUCAAGCACCUCUCUAACAUCAUUUCUCUCACUGAAGAAUCAAAUUGAAGAGUAAUGCACAAUUCAUAUUAGUGUCGGGUGGUAUUAUAUAAAACUGCAACAAGAGAAAAUAACAACAACAACAGAAAAAAAGAAGUGUUGAGUGAAGAAUUCUGCAUGUUGAAAUUUGCAUUCAGAGAGAGAGAAAGAGUCAGGAACAACAAAAAAUAGUGAAGAGAUUAGAGAAACGAUUUGUGGAUGAUACAUUCAUUUUAUUGCUUGAGUUUUACCUUGUGUGCCUAUAAUGUGCAUAAAUGUGGUUUUGUGAUUGAGCCGCUAAGGGAACAAGAAAGUAAAGAGAGCACAAAGAAUAACACACAAGAGAUAAUAUAAUUGAAUGGUGUUGUGAAAUGCAAUAUAUCACGGAAUGAUGUUAAAGUGUUAUUAGAGCACCGUUCGUCACUCAAAUGGAUAUUUUUGUUGGAUGCUGAUGAAGAUGUGUUGUAGGCGAAGGUGAGGAGAGAUAAGAACAAAAAAAAAUAAGAAGAAAGAAGGAAUCAAUGAGACGUAGUACUGAAAGAAGGGUAGCUUUGGUUGAAGAAAGUACAGUGUAGUGUUGCCAGAGAAGAGAUCAAUGGUUGGCGCCAAUGAUGAGCACCACGUUACCAUCAUGUAUGGAUCGAUAUAUGAAUCGAUACAUGGUACCACCGGCAACACAUCAUCAACUCAAUCAUCAGACACCACCUGUUGGACAGCCCUAUUUCCAUCAGAAUGCUGUCGGUGGUGGCAAUGGUGCAGGUGGUGUCACGGGCACUCCUGCCAUUGUUGCACCAAAUCAACCCAGUCAAACCAAUACUGGUGGUGCCUUCAUGAUGAAUUGCUAUCAAAAUGCCAAUGGAUGGACAGGUGUACCCUUGAUUAGUACCGCCAGUCGGAGACCACGUAAGCAACAACAGCAACAUCAUACGAUGCCGCCGUCGAAUAAACCACCACCACCCGCAACACAGACCGGUGGUGGUGUGGCUCCAUCAAGUGCAGCCUGUGACUUUGACGAGAGCGCAAUGUCACGUCUGGCAAUACAUGCACAUGGGGCACCCCUAAUACUAACUGGUAGGGGUUACCAUCGUAAACCACCACUGGUGAGGCAUCCGCAACCAAUGCAGAAGAUCCCACCGCAGGCAUGCUAUACGCCACAGAGAAUGGAUGAAUUUGGUGGGAAUGUGUAUGAAAAUGGCAAUCGACAGUUGGGUCAUCCGACAGGACAUCCCAUAGUUGAUACAUUUUCAAUGGUGAAUAGCGAUGAAAGUAGUUCAACAUCGUCGUCAAAUAGUCACACACCUGACACGUGUUUGCCGCGAAUAAUAAAGCCACGGAAGAGGCGCAAGAAGGAAAGGAAGCCAACAUGUCAAAAUCCAAAUGUCACAUCGAUGCUUGGGUCUAUGCCAGUUAAAAAUAAUUGCACCAAUGCCAACAAUGGUGUACCGAUGAAAUCUCUACCAUUGGUCACGAGUACGGCAACACAGACCACCAUUCAAGAGUUUGGUGCUGACAAGAAGAAUUCAGGCAGUACGACGACGACGACGAUGGGUAUGAUGUCUGCCCAAGAUGAACUACAAUUUGCCGAUCUUGGUGAUGGUGGUGAUCUUCGGGCGGUUAAUGGGGCGGAUGAGGUAACUGAAGAAAUGAGUUCGUGCAGCUGUCGCCUCUGUGAUCCAUUCUGUCGGAUCUGGGCAUUUCCUCUAAGACGAUCGUGCUCAGAUAAUUCGGGCGAAGUUGAGGCAACCCGCCGCAAUGUUGGUGUCAUUGGGAGUCACAUUAAAUCAUCAUCGGGCAAUGAAUGGCGUAGUACACCACAAUUGUGCAAUCAACAGCAAGUCUAUGGCACAAAUAUCGAUGGAUCUCGUAAGGGUAGUUUAAGUGAUUCUGGCGAUUCGGGAUGUGAUCUAUUGAGUGGUCUCAAUUUUGCCACUGAUGAUCUUCUCAGUAUUGUCGAUGGAGCUGAUGGUGGCAGUGGUGGUGGUGGCGGCAAGAAUAUGUCGACACCACCAGAUGAUCGUGUAUGUGAUUUUCUCCUGACGGACAACUGCUGGGAGAUACUCUCGAGACGUGUUAUGGAGUCUCUUGAUCUACGCAGUGACGAGACAAGCGGCAAUUUAGCAAUUGGAGGAGGAUCAUCGACCGGGGCGAAAGUCACAGGUGGAAGUGAUUGUGUAUCAUCAGACAGUGGCAGUGUAUUCUCAGAUAGUGUUUUCAGUGAUGGAAUUCCUGAGUGCUAUGCCAAUGAACAGACACCCCAUCUUGGGGUACAAAUAGCCAAUCUUCUACUUGAUCAACCACAAUUACCAAUUUUCAGUGGUUGCUACCCUGAGCAGCACUUUGGUAACAAUCAUCAGAGAAAGUCCAGUGGUAUCAUUAGGGACUCAACACCGCUUUUUCUCCAGGAAAAAGAUCGUGGUAACGAGAUUCUAAGUUGUCUCGAUAUGGUGUGGAAUGGUGCAUCACAAUUGAUGCCUGUUGAAGAGUAAAUCACAUGUCAAAGUGUUGCAAUUUAUUCCUAUAAAACAAAAAUUUUAUAGCAAAGCAUCCUAUAAAAAUAAUUAGAUUAUAGGAACUGUGAAGUAUCACUUGUACAGCAGAUAAUAUUGAAGUUUUCUUUUUAAUGUAUCAUUCCUACAUAGUAUUUUACGAUAGAAAAACAAAAUGAAUUGUAAAUUAUAAUUUUCUCACAAUACUUUUAUGGCUAUGAAUUAUAGAACUUAGCCGAGACACAUUCAAAUUUUCGAAUGAGACACAAUUGUAAAGAAAGAGAGAGAGAAAAAGUUAUUAAAAUAAAUCUCAAUUAGAGCGAUUUCAAGGAGUAAAGAAUGUGUGUAAAAAAAUAUCUGAUAGCGUAAAGAGUUAAUAAGUUAACAAGUUUUUAUAGUUUUUCUAUUUCUUUUUUUUUUUUUUUUGUAAUAAUUCAUUUAAAGCACGCGAGCUUGAAAAUUGAAUUUGUGCAGAAGAUGAAAACCAAACGCACACUCUUAAAUAAUUUCUCUGCUAAUGUUUGCUUUUUAUUACUACUUUUUUUUUAUUAUUUUGAGUUACUUAGUGCGCUCUAUUUGCAAUGUUUUCUUCGUCUCCAAACCAUAUUUGGUAUGUUAGCAAGAGUAUUUUGUAUGCAUAUGCAGAGAGAAAGAAAAAUGAAAGAUAAUAGAGAGAAAAAAAAGUAGAAGAAGGAAAUCUAUUUUAGAUUGAAAGUCAAUUUAAUGAAAUCAUGACGCUCAGCGACACAAACACCCAUAUCCGCCAAAGUUAGCUUUCUCUUUUGGUUGGAUUGUACAAACCACAAAACUUCUUUUGGUAUUAUUAUAGUGGAUAAAUGUGUAUAAAUACAACAUGGGUAUAAAAACGACAGAAAGACACUUUUCAUAUAUAUAUUACAUACAUAGUGAAAGUAAACCGACACGAAUUAGACUUUUUACAAUCUUACCUUGAUGCAAGAUGAGAGAGAGAGGUGUUUAUCUUCUUGCAAUUUUGCUUGUGGCUCUUUUUUUUUUUCUUACAACUUAAAGUGAUAUAUUCCAGGUGAUUUGCACAGAGAUUAUGAAUGGCAAUUCACGAUUUACAGAAAACCUUACAAGGAAAUUGAAAAACAAAAUAUUCUUCACGAUUUUUCGUGUUAAUUUGAAACAAUUAUUAUAUUUUCGUUAUAACAUUUAAAUUAGGUACUUUGGAAAAUUUGGAUUGUAUUUUCUACAAUUUUUGUUCACAUUUUUUGUAGAAUUUACUUUAUAUUGAUAUUAAGUGACACAUCUGCAUUGUAAAAUUUACUAUGAGGAUAUUAGAGUUGCGCAAAUGAUCCGUGAAUGGCAAUGAAAGCCGAAGGGUGACGACAAUAACCGAUGAUUUGCUUAAUAGAGAUCAUCACAACUUCGUAGAAGAAUUGGAAGUGCUCGUCUGUUUUCGGAAAGGUUUUACCAAAUGCGAAAACUGACAAGCUCUUCCGAUUUUCCUACUAAGUUUCAUGAUCUUUAUUAAGCAAAGCGUCGGAUGUUGUCGUCACUAUUUGUCGAUCAUUUGCAAGAUUCUAAUACCCGUAUAGUAAAUUUUACAAUCCGGUUUUCUCUUCAAUUCGAGUAUCAGUUUCCCAGUAUUUAUUAAAGAAAAUGUCAUUUUUUACCAAGAUUGUAAAAUUUACUGUGUGGGUAUUAAAGUUUAGAGACUGAUCGGUGAAUAGCAAUGAGAACUGAAGGGUGACGACGAUAUACAACGAUUUCCUUAAUACAAAUCAUGAGACUUCGUAGCACAAUCGGAAGCAUUUGUCUGUUUUCGAAAAGGUUUUCACGAAGGCGAAAACACACGAGCUUUUCCGAUUGUGCUACGAAGUCCUAUGAUACGUAUUAAGCAAAGCGUCGGAUGUUGUCGCCACUAUUCGGCGAUCAUUUCCGAACUGUAAUACCCGUAUAGUAAAUUUUUCAAUCCGGCUUCUCUUCAAUUCGAGUAUCAAUCGCCCUGUAUUGAUUAGGGAAAAUGUCACAUUUGUACCAAGAUUGUAAAACUUACUAUGUGGGUAUUAAAGUUUCGCGAAUGAUCGAUGAAUGGUAAUAGUUACGACGACAUCCAGAUCAUGAGACUUCGUAGCACAAUCGGAAGUGCUCGCCUGUUUUUACAAAGGUUUGCUCUUCAAUUCCAGUAUCGAUCGCCAAUAUUGAUCAGUCAGAUGUUUACCAAGAUUGUAAAACUUACUAUGUGGGUAUUAAAGUUUAGAGCAGACCUGUGCUCGUUGAUAAUCGUGUAAUAUCGGAAAUUUUACGUUGAUAAUUUAAUUGGAAAUUACAGAUAGCCAUGCUGGUAACACUAAUCCCGCUCAUUCACGAUGACAUGAUAAAUAUUUUUGCGCCAAAAAGACAUAAUAGACAUAAAAA